AUGAUCCUCCGGUCCUUCUGCAGGCGAGCCGUCGCCUCGUCGUUAGCCCUUCUCCUUGUCCUCUCCUCGUCGCAGCCUGCGCACGCCAAAAAGGACGGCCCAACCAUCUCCUCCACCCAGUUCGAGCAUGCCCUGGAGAAUUUGUUUUAUUUUGACGAUAGCGAUAUAAUACUUGCCCAAGACCGAGAUGCUAACAUCAUCUGGCGGAGUGCUGAUGCUGGUGGGACCUGGGAGGAAGUAAAAGGAGGCGGCCAGUCUGGGAAUGCUUGGGAUCUGGUAGCCCACCCUUGGGACAAUCAGCGCGCAUACAUCCUUGGUCUGGGAUCUGAACACUGGAUAACGACCGACCAAGGUGAGACGUGGAGGACGUUCAGCACCAAUGGUGCCAGUCUUGCUCUCUUCCGCCCAUCCCCUCUCAGCUUUCACGGCCGGGAUCCGAAACGAGUCAUCUGGAACGGCGAGCAGUGUACCGGCCUUGUCUGUUCCGAGACCGCCAUGUACACAGAAGAUGAUUUCAAGACGGUCAAGAAGAUGAGCAGUCAGACCAGAGGUUGCCAGUGGGCUGUAGGAACCCCCCAAUUUGCCGAAGAUGUUGCUGUCGAGGUUGAGGAUCGAGUGUUUUGCAUCGUGGAGGGCUUGUACUCACCGUGGCCCAAAGACAACCGGCUCCUCGCUUCAGACGCCUUCUUUGACCAAGACGGCGUCGAGCCAGCACUUGACGAUGGCCGAGCAGUCUCUGGUAUCAUCAGCAUGGCGUCUGUCAAGGGAUUUUUGGUUGCAGCUGCAAAGUCUGCAGGGACCGAUGAGCUCGCUCUAUAUGUUACCAAGGACGGAUCCCAAUGGCAUCGUGCAGAAUUUGGCCAGCACCGCAUCAAUGAGGAUGCCUACACCAUCCUCGAGAGCACGAACUACAGCAUGCAAGUUGAUGUUCUCGGCUCAAGGCCUGCAAACCCUGUUGGCUACCUGUUUACCUCGAACUCGAACGGAACCUACUUCACUCGUAACAUUGACCAUACCAACCGGAACAUCUAUGGGCGAGUGGACUUUGAAAAGGUUUCAAAUAUACAGGGCAUUGUACUGGUCAACGUGGUGGAGAACUUCAAAGAGGUCGAAAAUUCCAUCCUUGUGGACAAGCACAUCUAUUCACAAAUAAGCUUCGAUGACGGACGAACCUUCGAAGAUCUAAAAGUCAAAGAUGAGAGACUCAACUUGCACUCCGUGACCGACGCAAAGCAAGGCGGGAGGGUGUUUUCCAGCCCCGCACCUGGUAUUGUCAUGGGCGUGGGAAACACUGGCAAAUUCCUGAAGCCCUACAAAGAUGGUGACCUGUUUGUCUCGGACGACGCGGGCGUUACCUGGUAUAAGGGACUGGACGGUGCGCACCUGUAUGAGUUUGGCAACCAAGGUGCCGUUAUCGUGGCUAUUGACGACGAAGACGCCACCAGUCACAUCAAUUACUCUCUUGACCAUGGUAAGACGUGGAAAAAGGCCGACCUGGGAGAGAAAAUACGCGCCAAAUUCCUGACCACUCUUGUCGAUUCUACCACCCUGAAGUUUUCUUUAUUGGGCUCCAAGGGAUCUGGCUCCAAGACCGAAUGGCUGAUGUUCAAGAUCGACUUUGACGGCCUGCAUGAGCGUGUGUGCAAAGAGUCAGACUUUGAGCGAUGGCCCGCUCGCGUUGACGAUGAUGGGGAGCCGACAUGCGUCAUGGGUCACAAGCAAUUCUACCGCCGAAGAAAGGCAGACGCAGAAUGUUUCAUUGACGAAGAGUUCAAAGAUCCUGUGCCUGAGUUUGAACCUUGCAAAUGCACAAUGGCGGACUUUGAAUGCGAUUAUAAUUUUGUUCGGGAUCCAGACGAUCGCACCAAGUGCCUGCUUGCGCCUGCUGCUUCAAUUGCUGUACCCAAAGGUGAGUGUAAGGAUGAAAAGGACACUUUCAAAGGUCCUUCCGGCUGGCGACUCAUUCCAGGAAAUGAGUGCAUUCGUGACGGAGGAGAACAGCUGGACGAAGAGGUCGAAAGACCUUGCUCAGACACAACCAAAAAGCCGGUCAGUGGCGACAUCCAGAUCGAAAAGACCAAUUUCGAUGCCGAUCGAUUCUCUGAAUGGUACUACCUUGAACGAGCCGCCAAAGCCAUGGGAAGCGACGAGACCAUCGUCAUGCGCACAAGUGAACAAGACAUAUACCUGACGCACGACCAUGGUAAAUCUUGGGAGCGAAUCUUGAAAGGGGAGCCCAUCACGGCAAUUGUGCCCAAUCCCAAUCACAACGAUGUGAUUUUCUUCCUGACGGGCUCCGAGGCCGUGCACUACACUAUCGACAGGGGAGCCAGAUUUGACAAAUUUGAGGCACCGGAAAGGCCAAGCAGCUUGAGGCUGCCAACGCUAAGGUUCCACCCCGAGUAUAAAGACUGGCUGCUCUGGUCUGGCUCUGUUGGCAAGGACGACCAUACAAACAUCUUCUUCUCCAAAGACCGUGGCGACAAGUGGGAGACCAUGGUUCGAUACGCCAGGAAGUGUGAAUUCAUCACGCGGGAGAGUCGACCCAACUCUGACCAACUGAUAUACUGUGAACAGUACCAGGAUGAGAACCCAGAAAAGCCCCUGAUGCUUUUGUCUAGCGAGAACUUUUUCGGCAAAUCAGAGGUUCACUUCCCCGACAUCCUAGACUUUGCGACAAUGUCUGAGUUCAUCAUCGUUGCGGCAAAGACCGAGGACAGCCAAGGUCUCAAGGUAGACGCCAGCGUUGAUGGUCAUACAUUCGCUCCAGCCGAGUUCCCCAAGAACUUCCAAGUUGCUCAUCAACAAGCAUACACGGUCCUCGACAGCUCAACCCAUGCCGUGUUCCUGCAUGUUACUGUCAAUGCGCUUCCUGAUCGGGAGUACGGUGCAAUUAUCAAGUCAAACAGCAACGGCACCUCAUAUGUUUUCACGCUCGACGCUGUCAACAGAGACACGAAUGGAUAUGUUGAUUUUGAGAAAAUGCAAGGCCUUGAGGGCGUGGCGAUGACGAAUGUAGUGUCUAACAUUGAUGAGGUCAAUGACGGCGGGAAGAAGAAACUGAAAUCCAUGAUCACUCACAACGAUGGCGCGCAGUGGACACUACUCCCGCCACCCAAGAAGGACGCGCUCGGGCACGACUACGAAUGCGUCAAGAAUGCCGGCAAAGCCACUGACAAGUGCUCGCUACAUAUCCACAGCUACACUGAACGAUCUGACAAGUCUGUAACUUUCUCAAGUCCAAGCGCCGUCGGCUUGAUGAUGGCCGUGGGUAACGUUGGAGACCGGCUAUUGAGGAAAGACGACGAGAACACCGACACCUUCAUCACACGCGAUGCUGGCAUCACAUGGUCCUCUGUGAUGAAGGGAAGCUACAUGUGGGAAUAUGGUGAUCAAGGUAGCAUCAUCGUCAUCGUGAAGGAAUCGCAACCCACAAAGAGUCUCUUUUACACUUUGGACGAGGGCCAGUCUUGGAAAGAGUUUGAAUUUUCGCCCGACGUCGAGAUGCAGAUUGAUGCCAUCACUACCGUUCCCUCUGACAAUUCUCUAAACUUCCUUCUCUGGGGCCGCGAGGUCGGCAGCAAUGCCAAACGAGGUAUCUUCACGGUCGCGGUGGAUUUUAGUGGCCUCAAGGAACGCCAGAGACCUUGUGAGCUCGAUGAGCAGAAGCCCGAGAAUGAGGACUACACCCUCUGGGAGCCCAAGCACCCUAUGCAAGACAACAACUGCCUCUUUGGUCACGUGGCUCAAUACCACCGCAAACGUACAGAUGCGCAGUGUUAUAACGGCAAGAUGAUCACUCACAUCCACAACAUUGCUCAAAACUGCAGCUGCACGCGGGAGGAUUUCGAGUGUGACUACAACUUCCAGCCCAAGGCCGACGGGACCUGCGCUCUUGUGCCCGGCUACGAUCCACCCGACCAUGCAGAGAACUGCCGCAAGAACCCGGAUCAGAUCGAGUUUUGGUAUCCGACGGGAUACAGACGCAUCCCUCUUACGACGUGUCAAGGCGGACACGAGCUAGACAAGGUCGAGAGCAAGGAAUGUCCGGGCCACGAGCAAGAGUACAAGAAGAAGCACGGUAUCAGCGGGGCGGGUCUUUUCUUCGCCAUUACCAUACCCCUUGUAGCCGCAGCGGGGAUUGGGUACUGGGUGUAUACGAAAUGGAGAGACGGGUUUGGCGGGUUUGGUCAAAUCAGACUCGGCGAGAGCAUGGGCACGUCAAGCUCACCGGGCGAGUCACCUUGGGUUAGUGUUCCCGUGGCCAUCGUGGCUGGAACUGUGGCCGUGGCCAAGGCGACCCCGUUACUCGUGAUGAGUAUUUGGAGAAAUCUAAAGGGAUACAUGCCCGUUGGCGGUGGCGGCGGUAGUGGUGGUGGAAGAUUUGGACUCGGACGAGGUGCCGGCGCCGGUGGGUACGGUGCUCCAUAUCGAUCGAGAGAUGCCUUUGCUCGACGUGGGCAGGAUUAUUCUCAGGUGGUCGAGGAUGAUGAAUUACUUGGACAUGGACUGGACGAUGAAGAAGAAGUAUAG